UCCGCUGUUCUCCUUUUUCCAUGCCGGGUGCAUCAUGUGCAUAAGCAGUGGAUCUACUACUACAUGAUUGUAGUGUUGCUAUUACUAGUAUUAGUAUUAGUAACGUUAUUACUUCAAACGAAGUACAGCUCCAUGAUCUGAACUCAUUCCGAAGCCUGUGAUAGGUCCACCGUCAGUGUAGCACCUGUAACGGUGGUUUUUGGCGUUAUGGAUGAGCUUCGCCUGUCUCCCGAGUCCUUUCAGGAGCUGCUAGGAAAGAUCACUCCUCUCAUCAUGCAGUGUGUUCGAGAUAUCGACGAGGGACCGACGUCCUUUGUUCAGUCACUUGAGAACAGUGCAGACUCGGUGGAGCAGGCCAAACAGCUAGCUGCAGCAAUGAAAGAGGAGAGGGUCCCAGAAACGGGGAAAGCGAUUGCCGACAUACUGGAUUCGCUCUGCAAUGUUGCCGCUCGUGGAGGAGUCAACAGCGGCAGUGCAGGCUUCUGCGCAUACGUUCCCAUCGGUGGUUUGCUUCACGCUGUGAUCCUGGAGAUGGUCAGUCUCAUCCUGAAUCGGGUGACACCGCUCUUCCUGCUGAGCCCCGGCAUGGUGCAGAUCGAGUCGAACGUCAUCGCGUGGAUGGCUAGUGUUGUCGGGUACGACCCCGUCACGUCGUUUGGAUCCUUCACGUCAGGUGGCUCCAUGGCCAACUUUAUAGGAAUUCUGGCGGCGCGUCGUAAGUACCUUCGAGAGGAACAGAUCUCCCAGGGCGCUGUCAUGGCAACUAGUCAAACACACAGCUGCAUCGGCAAGGGUCUGAUCAUGGCCGGCAUACCUCGGUCAUCACUCUGUCUCGUCGAGUGUGAUGAAAAGCUCAGGAUGUGUCCAGCGGCGUUAGAGAAGUGCAUCAAGGCGCAACGAAGUUCCGGUCACAAGCCGUUCCUGGUGGUAGCAAGCGGAGGCACGACGAACACGGGAGCCGUCGAUGAUCUGCGCGCCAUAUCGGCAAUCUGUCGUUGCCAUGAUGUGUGGCUGCAUGUUGACGGUGUGUACGGUGCAGCAUUUAACCUGACGCAACGCGGUCGUGAGCUACUGGAUGGCCUGGAAGAGGCCGACUCCAUUGCCAUAGACCUUCACAAGUCAUUCUUUCUGCCAACAGUAACAGGGUUAUUGCUGGUCAGGGAGAGAUUCUACCUGAAGAACGCGUUCACCCAUGAUGUCCACGCGCCGUUCCUCCCGCAUGUGGCGGCAGAGGAAGACAAUUUCAUGGAUAUGUCUCCCGAUUUGACGCGGCCCUGCUAUGGGCUGCGCCUCUGGUUUCCGUUAAAGCUGUGCGGGAUCGGGAAGUGGCGUACGGCUCUGGACGAUAGGCUUGACUGGACGGCCGAGUUUACCGACGGGUUGCGCAAGAUGUCCGGCAUCGGAGUUGAUCUGACGACAGAGCCCAGCCUGACAAUUCUUACGUUCCGCUACACACCACCGGUCGGUUCUGCAGCAACGGGUGACCGUGGCGCUACGCAGCCAGACCGGCAAAGUGAGGAGCAUCUCGCGUAUCUGCGCCAGGUCAACGAACGUCUCCUGGUGUUCAUCAACCGCCGCGGCAACAUCUUUCUGUCGGCCACUACACUGCCCGGGAGCAGGUACGUGAUUCGUGUCUGCGUACUCAAUAUACGCUUGACACGGGAACGUCUGAUGAAAGGCCUCACCGACAUCUCCGACGGAGCAAAGCACAUCGCAGAGCAGCUGUAGAGGUUAUUGGAGAAUCUCCUUAAUUAAUACGCUGGUUUUCAACCUCUAUUUAAAAAAAAAAAACACUCAGUCCUAUGCUGUAAGAUAUUCAUUGGUACAAUGAAGAUGUGUGAUGAGUGUUGCACCAUUCAGUGCAAAGCUCAAACCUUUCUCCAUUGUUCUCUCCUCGAUUUCUUCACUCAGCUUUUUAUUGUCUUCAUCGAUAGACACUGUACAUACAUGUACAUUGCGAUGAGGUUAAAACAUGUAUUGACCUUAAGAAGAGGUUGUAGCGUGCAGCAACACAUGUAUUCACCUAUUUAUUUAGUUUAUUUACCGGUUUUACUUUUAAAUCUGACAAAACAUUGGCAUCCCACUCAUUGGAUGUUGCCUUACUUGAGCUUUCCAAGUUAGAAGGCUGUUGGCUUUUUCCCGGCACAUAGAUGUGUUGUAGGCGUAGGGUUGCUGAAUGUUGUUGUUGUUGUUGUUGUUGUUGUAUACUUUAUUAUUAAA